AUGGAAGUAAAAACGGGAGUUAUUUUUAUUUUGUGUCUUAUUUCCUUCAGUUUUGCUUACGAUAAAGCGUCAUUUUAUGGGGCCAGUUACAUUUCGUAUCCACUUCAAGAAGCCAAAGGGGUAACAGACAUUAACUUUAGGUUUAGAACACAUUUAUCAGAUGCUUUAUUGCUCCUUGCUGCUGGUAAAACUGAUUACUGUAUGAUCCGAUUGGAAAGUGGAAGGUUAAAGUUACACAUUAACUUGGGGGCUGGUGAAAGUGAACUAUCAUCUCCUAAAGGACUAUAUCUAAAUGACUCACAGUGGCAUCAUGUUAAUAUCAUAAGAAGAGAAGCCAAUCUAACACUUAAGGUCGACGACAGUACAGUGAAGAAGAAGUUGCCAGGACGUUUCUUUGAACUAAAUAUUCAUUUUGGUGUGUUUCUUGGUGGUCAAGGCGAUUUUUCAGAGUUGUUCCUUGGUCAUAUGGAGAACUUUCGUGGGUGCAUGGAAGACGUAUUUUAUAAUGGCGUUAAAAUAAUAGAAAUGGCCCGAAGUCGCAGUGCAUCUGUACACGUAGAAGGAGUUACUUGGAAUUGUGCCCCUGAAUUUGAUGCAGAUUUGAAUUCCGAUAUAAGUUUUGUUGAUGAAGGAGCGUAUAUGGUUUUACCUAAAAUUAACUCUAGAGCGGGCAGCAGGUGGCAAAUUGAAUUCAAAACGAUAACACCCAACGCUGUUAUUCUAUAUAAUCCCGGUGGCGGACGAGGUUCAGAUUUCUUGGCUGUAGAAAUAUUAGAAGGGGUUGUUCGAGUUAAAAUGGCUCGAGGUCAGAUAGCCCACACGGUCAGGGUCAACGAUGGACAGUGGCACAAACUACAUCUCUUGUUCAACCCCUCAAUGAUAGAGUUAUCAGUGGACAAUGUAGCGAUGAGUACUCGAAUAGAAAGUGGGGGAACUAGAUACUUAGAUUUGUCGGACACCUUUUAUUUGGGAGGUAUCGAGACGGACAAACGACAAAGAGCGUUCUCUAAGGGAGUAAAAGCAGCUGAUUCAAGUAUAAUGGGUUGCAUCAAGCCCAUUGAAGUUGAAGACAAAAUAUUUGGUCUCCCAAACGCAGUGGUAACUUGUGGGGUGACACCAAAAUGUGUUUGGUGGUAUCCCUGCCACUCGAGUCCCAGUCCACCUUGCGUGCCUAAAGCUAUAUGUGGACAACAUGGUGUUGAUCAUUUUACUUGCAAAUGUGAUAAUGAAUUGUGUAUCAACCCGGAUUACGCUGAAAAAUAUAAGGUGUUCUCGAAAUCGAGCAGUGAACUGGAACUCGUCGCUUUAUACCCUUUAACUGUCCAAGAAGGGGGAGUUACAGUAAUAACGACACAGAAUAUAGACGUUAUUCUGGAUCAUCAUAAAUAUGGAGUUCGACCUUCGGGCGUAUUGUUACACGUAGCACAAAAACCUCAACAUGGAAGAAUAGCGGUCGACUUAACAUCGCAAAGAAUAUCGCAAUAUACAAACUAUAUUGAAGGCGACAAGUCUAAACAGUACUUUUCAUUGUUGGAUUUGUCGAGAGAUAAGGUUAGAUACGUGCAUGAUGGUUCAGAAAAUCACCAAGACGCGAUAGUUCUAGAGAUGGAACUUAUCCCCGAAACUAAAUUCACAUUGCCUAGUUAUCUUCAAGGACGUAAUACUUUUGUUCUUCACGUUAAUAUAACUCCUGUCAAUGAUCCACCAGUACUCAAUUUGCUUCCCGGAAAGGUUUUAAGACUAACUCAGGGUACGAGAAAAGUUAUAACUUCGGAAAUAUUAAAAGCUGAAGAUCCCGACACACCACCUGUAGACUUAUUAUAUACUAUUAUUCACGGAAAAAGCGAAUCGAGCAGUGGUCACAUAGAAAUGUCUGGACAGCCGGUGGAUUCCUUUACACAGCAAGAUAUAGAUUCGGGCAUCAUUUCCUUUGUCCACGGGACGACGAGCGAUAAACAACUCAACAAAACCUCUCUUCGACUGACCUUACAGGUAUCCGAUGGAAUCGAAACGAGUGGCCCAGGCGUUCUCCGAAUAUCAAUUGUGCCUUUACAAGUAAGGCUUAUUAACAACACGGGACUGCAAUUAGUUCAUAAUUCGUAUGCAAUAAUAAGUGCUGAUAAUCUCACAUUUACCACAAACGCUGACGAAACGAAUGUGCAAGUAAAAUACGACAUAGUGAAGCCGCCUCAAUUUGGCGUUGUCGAACGACUAAGAGUAUUGGACGGGACAUGGCAAACCGUCGAUUCAUUUACAAGUGAAAUGGUAAUGUUUGGGCGAGUGAGAUAUAUGCAUCUCUUGGGAAGCCCUACUCAUGAUGAAUUUAAGUUUAAAGCCUCAGUUGGAUCUAUACGAACGAACACAUUAUACGAUUUUCGAUUGACUUUUAUUAAACUCGAACUAUAUCAAACGACAAACGAGGAAUUACUUCUCAAUAACACCCGGGAAGCAUUUAUAUCUUCACAGCAUUUGAGAUUCCGAACAAGACCGCUUUCAUUGUCCGGAGAUAGAAUCACCUUCACAUUAUUAAAACCACCCAAAUAUGGGAUUCUGCAUUUGUCUUCUGGCACACAUCAUCUACAAAUAUAUAGUACUUUUACACAACAAAAUAUUAACAGUGAUCAGUUAUGGUAUAGGCUUCACAGGCGAGCCUAUUCCCAUAUACAGGAUGAAUUCACUUUUAUGGUAGGAGCGGCUGAGUGUGAAAAUAUCACAGGUGUUAUGACGAUACGGCACAUUCCAGGCCCAUCACCUUCCGAUCGCACUGGAAGGUUCCACACGACUCUAGAAAGAUUACAAGUCAUGGAAGGAUCUAGAAUGGCGAUACCCGCCACUCAUCUCAAUUUCCGAACUGAUUCCAUUACAAAUCUCGUGUUUAACAUAACUCAUCUUCCGAAACACGGUAAAAUAGAAGUUAUCAGUGAAAACUUGAAGAUACUUAGAGAUAACACAACGUAUUUUACGUUAGUGGAACUAAAUGCGGAUAGAGUUUACUAUGCACACGAUGAUUCCGAGAGUCGACAUGAUUCGUUCCACUUCAUGGCUUUAAGUCCCGAACCGGAAGACUUUCAAUAUGUUGGAGUGUUUCAUAUUGAUAUCAUUUUAAAGAAUGAUAACAGUCCAGUAAGAAUGAAUGAGAAUGUGUUCCAUAUAGUUCACGGGGGAGCGCGGUUAAUAACAUCGCGUGACUUGAGUUACGCUGACUCAGAUCUAGAUACAAAGCUAUCAGAUAUAACCUAUACGGUUCAAAGGUUUACUAAAGACCCGCCGAACGGUGGUGUGUUCAGGGCCGACAACCCCUCUGAACAAAUAGCGCAGUUCACGCAAGAUGACAUAAAUAAAAAUCUCAUCUUAUUCAAGCAUCAGGGGAAAGAGAAUGGGAAGCUGACGUUUUGGGUGUCCGAUGGUUUGUUUGAUGUCAAUGGUAAUUUAGAAGUGCAAGCGUCACCGCCAUUUAUAAGGAUGUUCCCUUCGAAUGGGUCGAUUGUUGAAAAUGGCAAGGCAGUUGUUAUUUCUACUAGAGAUAUGGAAGUGGACACAAAUAUGAAUUGCUUGGAAGAGGACAUUCGUUAUGAAAUAAUUCAACAGCCGAAACAUGGGUCUAUAGAAGUUGGCGAAGGACAGGGAGCUAUAACAUUUACACAACUGGACGUGGCAGCUGGUAGAGUAUCUUACAGGCACAGAGAACCCAAAAUGCCCACAGAUGCGUUUAGAUUUAAGGUUAUGUGCCUGGAAGCAUGGGGAGAAGGUAUUUACCCGAUAAAAAUAUACCCUUCAAGCUAUUGGGAACCAUUACAAGUAUUGAUGAUUCGACCGUUAGUGGUUGAAGAAUCGACAAGCGUGAAUAUAACAAGAGACAUUUUGGAGGUAAUGCAUCCUCAAAUUGAACCAUCAAACAUAGUUUACAAGGUCUCGGAAGGACCGUACUACGGCUGGCUUGAGGUUACAAACACACCAAACAGUCUCGAACUCGAAAACUACGAAGAGCCCAUACACUCAACUAUGUUCGACCAGUCUAUUAUAAACGCGAACCGACUGGUCUAUGUACAGUCCGGCGUAAACCGAACACGGGACAAAAUCAAAAUGGACGUCACCAACGGAAUCGUUUGGCUCAAGUCUUUGGAAUUGAUGGUCGUAAUAAUUCCAGAACAUUUCUAUGUAAUGGCGACAAAUAUAAGUGUCGUGGAGGGGGCUGUUGUUAGUAUUAAACAGGAUAUGUUCAAGACGGUCACUGAGUAUUAUAAAGGGAAGGUUGUGUCGUAUAAAGUGGUUGAGAAACCUAAAUUCGGAAAGAUCGAUUUGGGCGAUCAAGAGCUGACUUUGCUUCCGGUUUUGAAACUUAAUACUGGGAAUAUACAGUAUGUGAACGAUGGGUCAGAAGAAUCGUUGGAUUCAAUGAAAUUGGUGGCAAUCACUGAGAACGGAAAGGAAAGUGAAGUUUUCCGUGUUAUGAUCAACAUAGUUCCCGUUAACGAUGAAACUCCUAUAGUGGCUGCCAACACUGGUCUUUGUGUGUGGGAAGGCGGCACUUUCACCUUCACAAGAAAUGAGUUAUAUGUAAACGAUGUCGACACGCCAUUAGAGAACGUAACGAUUCGUGUUGUCGACAUUGUAUCGGGUUAUAUUGCGAUACGGGGUAACCUCGAAACUCCUGUCUAUCACUUCACACAGGGUGAUAUAGACAGUCGUAAAGUCAUUUUUGUUCAUACAAAUGGAACGAAAGGAAAAAUGAUAUUCAACGUAACUGAUGGCCUUCAUGAGUUAUCAAAAAUAACUUUUCUUAUAACAACCAAGUCGGUGUCUCUCAAAUUGGCUAGGAAACACACAUUACGAGUGUUUCCUUUGAUGAGAGAACCACUCAAUAACUAUCAUUUAAUGGCGAAGUGCUCUGACGCAUCGAGAAAUAUUAUAUACAAAAUAGACAGAGCCCCAACUCUAGGCAGGCUUAUAAUGUUGAACGGUGAUAAUCACCACAGAUCUAUUAAACAAUUUACACAACAAGAUAUUAAUAAUACUUUAGUAUAUUAUGAGCACACGCAUCCGUUCUCUACUUUAUUUACAAAUGAUUCCUUCAUUUUUUCCGUUGAAGCGGCACUAGCCCAACCAGUGACCGAUCAAGUUUUUAACAUAGAUAUAUCUGUGUCUUCCGGCGGUCUAGCUAAAUACGUUUACAUACCGCAAUUAAAAGUACAGGAAGGGGGAAAUGUUGCCAUCGUUGUUAAUGUGACAAAUGUUAUUAUGUACCUAGAGAAUCAAGCCGGGUUAAGGCAACCCCAAAUUGAAGCGCAGUGGUCCCAACCUACGCAUGGAAUAUUGGAACCGUCACUAUCUUCACUCACACAAACUCAAUUGGAAUCUGGUGUGGUCACAUACAAACAUGACGAUUCGGACACAUUAAAAGACAAAAUAGAUAUGACUUUGUACUUAUUGCCUGACUAUGUACUUCUUUGUAAUGUGACUAUACCAAUACAUGUGCUACCUCUUAAUGACCAACCGUUUAGAUUAUUAACGGACUCACCACAAAUACAAGUGGUUCAUGGAGAAAAUUAUACUAUUACUAAAAGCGAUUUGCUAACUGAAGAUGCUGAUACUGUUCCGUCGGGAAUACUGUAUGACAUCAUAAGUGGACCAACACAAGGGAGAAUAGUUAUGCUCGAUAAAAAUCAAAGUAUAGAUGAAGCACAGUCUAUCAACAAAUUUACACAAGAAGAUAUUAAUACUGGUAAAAUCAUAUACGAACAUUCCGGGAUGUUACAAACAGCAACGUUCUAUUUCAGAGUAUGGGAUGGGGAAUUCAAACCAACGUAUACCGUGUUUACAAUUGACGUCAUUCCUGUUAUUUUGAAUGCGACGUCAUCUCAUCCGAUAUAUUUACAACAAGGUUCCAAUGUUGCAACUGUAUCCACAGAUCAAAUUUACAUAGAAACGAACGCACUGAAAUCUAAAGUAUGGUACAAUAUCACGAGGCAGCCUGUACACGGAAUGAUUUAUGUUGGCCGGAAUCCAGUUACCUACUUCUCACAAAAAGAUCUAAUAGAUAAAGUUGUUAUUUACAUGCAAAAUGAUAUGACAGUCGCCAAUGAUAGUUUUGAACUUAUCUCUUAUGUUCAUAAUAGCAAUUCGACUCCGCCUUUUACUAUACACGUUACAGUACAGCCAUUAAUGAUCUUAAGUGAUCUGAAAGUAGAGAAAGAAAAGACAAAACUGACAGUUAAGAAUCUGGAUGCGUCAGAACUUGCGAAGCUCACAGCGAGCGACCCAGUGUAUACGUUGAUUAAGAAGCCAAAAUAUGGGGUGAUUAAGAAAAUAAUACGAAGUUCAGGCGAAAAAACUAGUGCAAGAGAAAGAGAGGUUGCAUAUUUUACACAUGAAGAUGUGAAGGCUGGUGUUAUUUAUUAUGUCACUAAGAAGAAAGCUUAUGAAUUGAAUGGACUUGAAGAUAGGUUUCAUUUCCUACUGGCAGCGACUAUAUUCCAACCAGCUGCGGGGGAAUUAAGGAUGUUUAUUGGCAAUGGUCUGAAGAAGAAUUUGCUUGGCCCUAAUGACCCAGAGAGCCAUGAGGGAGUACCGGUGGCUAACGGAAAUUCCGGCUCAUACUACUUAAUGAUAUUAAUGGCACUCCUUGGAGUACUUCUUGCAAUAAUAGUCAUAUUUGGUAUAUUGAAAUGUCGAAGAUAUCUGAUGCGUGAUCAGAAUGCCUUAGUGAAAAUUCAUGGACAAAGUCAGGGGGCAGUAGCUCCUAUACCAUUACCGCGACCGCCAGAUCAUCUGAUGCCGUCGCCGACUCAAGCGACACCACCAAUUAAAAGAUACGUAUCGUCCGAACAAUCGGUUCAAACUGGUGCCAGUACGCCGUUACCUUCGGGUGGUAGUGUAGCGUGCAAGGUCACACAAUUAGCGGAUGCGGCCAUACCAGAUCUUAACGCUAGGUACCCGUAUGGUACCGAUGAUCAUACUGACGCGGAGGAUUGGAGUAGCUACGAAGCGAGUGAGUCAGCGUACCCAAUUAGAACUCCGGGAGGAGCGCCUUCAAACCCGAUGUUGAGACGCAACCAAUACUGGGUCUGA